GUAUCACAUAGAGUCACUAGUGGACUACUAAAAACACCACGGGCAUGUCCGUUUCUCUCUGGCGUGCGUAUGCGGGUGCGUGCGUGUUCCCUUCAUCUAUCUCACGGUGAAAUACCGCGUCCUCAUUAUUCCUCGUUCUCGUUCCGCUAUCGCCGGCCAAUGUGAGCAUGUGUGUUCCCACGCGCGAACGGUUCCCACGCACGCUCGGCGCAACGGGACGGCCGUCGCUAGGUGUCAAACGACUCUAAUGUCAUCGCCACCGCGAGAGAGUCGGCACGUAAGAUCCAGGUAUGGGGAAGACCACGAGGGUAGUCGUUUGCGGGAUGAAAGGCGUUGGUAAGACCGCCCUGCUGGAGCAGCUCGUCUACGGGAACAUCGACGCGAAGACGGAAAUUCAUCCCACAAUCGAGGACAUCUACGUCGCCAACAUUGAGACUGAUCGGGGCACAAAGGAGAAGGUCAGGUUCUACGACACGGCCGGGCUCGAAUCUCUGCAGAGCAAUGUAAAUAAUCAGCAGCUUCCACGACACUAUCUCGGCUUCGCCGACGGUUACGUCCUGGUGUACGACACCGGCAAGCCGGAAUCUCUAGACGUGCUCUUUCCCCUGAAGAAGGACAUCGACAAGAAUAAGGAUAAGAAGGAGAUAACUGUGAUCGUGAUUGGCAAUCGGGUGACCAGGACCGAUGCCGCGUUGAGUAGCUUAGAGAAUACCGUGAGCAAAGCGACCAACUGGUGCGCCAGGGAGAAGGUCAAGCAUUACGAGGUGAACGUCAUGGAUAGACCCACCCUGUUCGAGGCGUUCAUGCAUCUGUCGUCCAAGCUGAAUCCUCCCGCUAACAAGAGUACAUUUCCGCAAUUGAGCAUGGGCAGGAAGACGGUCAGGGCCGAGGCGCAGUGAUGGCUCGCUUUGGAAAUUUAAUUAACGUCGCAUCUAGAUAGUCGCAUGCGCGAGGUCCCUCGUGAAUUUUGUACUCAGGUAUAAUGUAUUUAAUGAAUGGCUGUAAGCCGCAAUGCAAAUAUGCUUCGAGAUCUCAGUAAUGGUAUUGUAUUUCCCUGUGGUGGAGUAUGUGAUAUUAGGCUUGAAAUGGGAUAAAUGGACUUUGAACCAUGAUAGUAUGUACUUAAGAUAUCAACAACUUUACUAAUUCAAAGUCUUGUUUAAUAUACCAUUUAAUACAACUAAUCAAAUUAAAUAAAAUUAAAAGCUGCUAAAAUACAUAUUUAUCAAAUUUUA